AUGGUCUCUCAGGUUGCACCAAGCUACUCCAACCCGGAUGUCCGGGCACUGGCUGUCGUUGGAAUGUCGAUAUGCGCUCCGGGGGGCGAAGAGUCUCCUCGAGGCUUAGACGUAGAUGCCUUUCAAGAAUUUCUGGCUACUAGAGGCGAUCCUAUGAUCGUCGUUCCCAAGGACCGUUGGAAUGCGGAAGCCUUCCACGGCUCCCAACCCGGGAAGCUCGUUACCACCAAGGGCGGGUUUAUUCCCGAAAUAUCUUACGGUGACCUUUCGGAGUUCGGAGUUACCCCUGCGGAGGCUGCACAAGUCGGCACCCCGCAGCUCGUUCUCCUUCAUCAAGCUUUCAAUGCCCUUCAGCGAAGCGGUGUAGACUAUCGCCACACAUCUACUGGUGUUUACAUCGGCGUCGGCGGGUCCGGCGUCCCGUAUGAGAUGGAUAUCACUCGUGCCGGUGCCUACUAUUCCACCGGUAUGGCAAUGUCAAUCGCCGCCAACAGGAUUAACUAUGUCUUCGACCUCAUGGGACCGUCGGUGCCGGUAGACACCGCUUGCUCGUCGUCGCUAGUCGCCAUACACCUCGCCAUCCAGGCCAUCCGCAACGGCGAGUGCGAGCAAGCGGUUAUUGCUGGUGUCAACUUUGUCAGCAACCCGCUCGACACUGUGGCGCUCAGCCAGCUAGGUCUUCUUAGCGAAGACGGCCACUGCAAGUCGUUCAGCGAUGACGCCGAUGGGUGCGCUCGUGCUGACGUCGUUAAUGCGGUGGUUAUCAAGCGCCACGACCUCGCCGUCAGAGACCACGACAAGAUACUAGCCUCCCUCGUAGGCACGUCGCUCACGACCUGCGGUAAUAUCAUGGGCUCCUUGACGACCCCGAACCCGGAGGCUCACAUCAUGGCCAUUCGCGCCGCGUAUGACGACGCUGGCCUCCAGCCGCACCAAGUUGACUUCCUCGAGUUGCAUGGGACUGGCACACCUGUUGGUGACAUGUUGGAAACAAACGCCGCCGGUGCCACGUUCUCGGAGGGGAGGAAUGGACGGGAGCUUAUUAUCGGCUCUGUCAAAAGCAACGUCGGACACACCGAGACGGGGUCCUACUUGACGGCUCUGGUAAAGGUCAUUAUGAUGUUGCAGGCAAAGCAAAUCCUCCCAAAUGGGUACUUCAAGACUCCUUCGAAGAAGAUUCACUUCGACGAAUACAAACUGCGCGUUCCCACAGCUCCCGAGGAGUUCAAGGCCCACGAUAAAGAACUAGGUCGCAUUGUAUCAAUCUCCAACUUCGGAUACGGAGGUGCUGGAGGUCACACCGUGAUACGUGAGCACGAGGAAAGGAAGCCGCUGCCUGAUUUGGAGGCUCUACGCAAAGGGCCGUUUUUAUUCACCAUGGGCGCACUCUCGCCUCGGGCCUUGCAAACCCUAGUUUCGACUUACAAGGAGCAGUAUCAGAAUGUCGACCCACUGGCUCUGGCAGAACAUUUGGGGAAGAGGACUCGGCAGAUGCCCUGGCGUACGUUUGCAGUGGCGGAUUCGCUCGCGGCUGCGUCCUUCCCGGAGGCCGUAAUGGUCGACAAGCUUCCCAGUCCGGUCGUUUUCACGUUCUCCGGACAGGGGCCCCAGCACUGGAACCAAGGACGCCUUCUCUUCCAGACCUACUCAGUCUUCCGGGAGUCGAUCCUGGCUUGCGAUGACGUCCACCAGGAGUACACCGGGCGGUCCUUCUUGGAAGAUACCGGUCUCUUCAUCAACGGCAAGUCUUCUGAGCUGGAGAAGAGCCUAGUGUGGCCCGCACUUACCAUCUCCGUCGCGAUCACCUUCUUCCAAGUCGCUAUGACCGACCUUCUUACUUCACUGAACAUACUGCCAAAAGCGGUCGUCGGCCACUCCAUCGGAGAAACCGCGGUCCUUUAUGCAUCUGGUGCGAUGCCGAAGUCGGUGGUCGUCAAGGUUGCCAUUGCCCGUGGCAAGGCGUUGUUACUGGUCGACAACAUUGGUGGCGCCAUGGUUGCGAUCUCUGGCACAGACAACAACUCUCUUCAAGACUACGUCGAGGCGGUCUCGGCUCUUGCUCAGGACCAAGGCAAGGAUGCCAAACACCUCUACCUAGCCACCUUCAAUAGCCCUACCGACAUCGGUGUAUCCGGGUCAGACGCCCUCGUAGACAUGCUUGCGAACUACAUCAAUACGUGGGCCGAUGGGGCUACGGCGCGCAAACUCCGUGUCAGUACCGCGGUGCAUUCUCCCUUUGUUGAUAUCUGCGAGAAGAGCUACCGUGCGGAGCUCAAGAGUAUCUUCUCGAAGCACAAGGGUCCGUUUGUCCCUAAGGUUCCCACCAUGUCCACGGUCACUGGCGAGUUCGUAGACGGAGAGUAUACCAUCGACUACCUGUGGAAGAAUUUGCGCCAAGCAGUACUUUUCUCCACUGCCAUCCCAAAAUUGAUAGAGCGCUUCGGCGAAAAUACCGUCUUCCUCGAAGUCUCUCCACACCCAGUGCUGUCCAGCUACAUCGAGCAGAUGGGAGCCUCAUCGGCGUUUGCGUGCAGUAUCCGUCCGCCGUCCGCUCGCCAGAUUGCAUCCGGAGCUAAGAAUACGAACGAAUUGCAAGCAUUUUUGCAGGCAGUCGGACGCCUCCUUGUUAGCGGUGUCAACUCGAUCAAUUUCUCGGUGCUCAACGGUUGCCCAAGUGAAACCAUCACAGGCCCGGCCUAUCCCUUCCAAUGGAAACAUACUCCUGUUGCUCCAAGGCUGCCGAGUUACUUGUCUUGCCUUCUGCCGCCGACUAGGCUCCUCAACUCUUCUCGACUGCGUGUCAGUCCUAAGCUCCCUGAAGAAUGGAUGGGUGACCACAUCGUGGACGAGACUAAUCUCGUUCCAGCCUCUGCCUAUAUCGAGAUGGCGCUGGAAUUCGACGGUGUAACCCAAGUCUGGGACUGUCGGUUCGACGCUCCCUGCAUUCUCGAUGAAAAUGCAUCGCCCGCCACGUUGGAGGUGGCAAAGGACGGUAACCGCUUCACGAUCAAAUCGUCCUCUUCCCUGGAGUCCAUGCAGGGCGACUUGGAGUGGACGCGCAGCGGUCCCGUCUUUGAUACGUUACAUGCUACGGGUAAGCUCGGAUACGGCAAACCCGUGACUGGUCCGAACGCCGUCACCAAGAUAGACGUUCAGGACGUCUUGAGCCGUUGCUUCGCUCGCUACACGAAGGAAGAGAUCUACGCGGAAAUGCACGAUAUUCUUCAGUUCGGCCCGGAGUUCUCUCGCGUGGAGCGCGCCGCGUUGAAUGAGGACGAAGUGGUGUGUUGGAUCCGUGGUCAUGUCGAGGGUGUCAACGCCAAGGACUAUGCGUUCCAUCCCGCUAUCAUGGAUGCUGCCUUCCAGUCUGGCAACGUGUUCAACCUGCUUUACGACAAGAUUCCUACGGGCAGAGAUGGACGAGUCCUCUACCUUCCUUAUACUCUGAGACGCGGUUACCGUAACGACGGCAGCACUGGCCCACUCGUGCUUCCUGCCGAAUUCAAAACUUAUACUAAACUGGCUGAGUGGACAACCGACCACUUCACUUUGGAUAUCUAUGUCCUAGGCGAGAACGACGAGGUCGUAUAUACAUUCGAAGGCAAGUUUCCAGAGUUUCAACCGACCUUGACCCUUACUCAACAUUGUCACGCAGGCCUCCAACUAAACUUCCUCAAUAAGGAUACCGUAUGGCCUACGGAACGGUAUAUGAACUACUGGCAACCAACCGCACUCCCACCCAGCCGGUUUGAAGGCGUGAACGACACGCUCGACACCCGCGUUGACGCGAGUGAAGCCAUCCAGCUGCUAAAAAUGCUGGACUAUCGUGCCAUGAAGUCGACAGCGCAGACAUUAAAGGACGUCCCGGGUAACUUCUCGCCGGAUGCGUAUGACCGCCAACGGUAUCUAGCUUGGGCCAAAAUUCAGGCUGGGCGGUUCCCGACAGUUCCUCCUGUCGGAUCCGACGAAGCCAUUGAAGAGCGAUAUGCUGAUCUCUUCGAGCUGGUGGAUCGUAUCGCGCCUGUGCAGAAGGACAUCCUCCGGACUUCCACCGCUGCCGUUGAAGUUAUGUUCCGCGACAACAUAAUGAGCAAGAUCUACGAGUUGCCGCCCUUCGUCGGAGACGUGUUCGGUGAGGUCGCAACCAAGUUUGUCGAGCUCGUGAAGAACGCCGUUGCUGCUGGGAAGAAGGUCGUUCGGGUUCUCGAAGUUGGCGCCGGCACUGGACGCUUGACGGCACUGCUCGGCCAAGCGCUAAUCGACGCUCGCAUUCAAGAUCUGUGUUAUGUCGAUUAUGUCAGUACUGACAUCUCGAUCUCAUUAGCUCAGGAGUCGACCGUUAAGUCCCCGUGGCCUACCAUGACUCCCAAGGCCCUCGACCUGAGUGUGCCGCUUGCUCAGCAGGGCUUCGAUGCGAACACGUUUGACAUCGUCACAGCUUUCGACGUCCUGCACGCCAUUCCCGACAUCGGUAGCACUCUCGCCGCCCUCAAGGAGCUGCUGGUUCCUGGUGGGCAUAUCGCAAUCAUCGAGCUCGAUGGUCGACGCUUCGCACAGGAGGCUCCCGGGACAAUCUACAUGGACUACGUGUUCGGCUCCUUUGCCGAGUGGUUCGGAGUGUUGCAACACCGGGAAAACGGGUCACACUGCAGUCUGACGCCCGAGCAGUGGAAGGUUGCAUUGACCGACGCGGGUUUCGGUGACAACCUCUUCCUGUCCUCACCCGGCAGCCAGAUCAUACACAUGGCCUUCGUCUCCCAAGGUCCUAAGACCGUGUACACUGGCGCAUAUGUUCCGCCCACUCCUAAUGCGUACACACUCCGUGGUUACAAGGCGGGUGAAGAGAUCGACCUCGUGAACUUCGUUUCCACCCUGGACUCGCAGAAACCCCACACGCUAUGGCUAUACGCAGAUACCGACAACAUCAAGUUGCUCGGUAUAGCGCGUUCUAUUCGGCAAGAAUUUGGUCUCUGGAAGAUCAUGCUCGUCAUCUUUGAUCCCUCCUGGAGCACAGAACAACGCGAGCGCUUCAUACAAGAGAAGCUUGUCAUGCUUCCGUACCUCGACUCUGAGGUCCAAGUUGAUGCGGAUGGGAAUUUGAAGGUUCCCCGAGUCAUCAAAGCUCCCAGUCCUCCGCAAACGGAACCCGCGCAGUCGAAACCCUUGGCUUUCGAUGGGAAAACGGUUUGGCGUGCAUACCCUCAACCUGUUGGGGCUCACGAUGUCGAAGUCGCGGUUGACUAUGUCAACGUUCGUCCGCUCUUCUCGGAUGUCACGGAGUUCACGGGAGUGGUGACGGCGGUAGGCUCCGACACUUCCGACGGCGCGCUGGUGGGAAAGCGUGUGGUUGGCAUUGCGUACAAGCCUCCGAGCACCGUCAUUGUCUGCCCGCGCGGGCAAGUCAGUCCAGUUGAGGGCGAAGCGACGAGCUCGCUUGCAGUUGGACCGCGCGCAGCGUUCAUUUCCUCAAUUGUGCAACCGCUUGUGUCGUCCAUCACUGCCGGUGACAGUCAUGUCCUCGUCCACGUCGGCUCUGGUGGUCCCGCAGCUCUUGCGGUGGUCAAGUACUUGCAAAGCCUGAAAGCGAAAGUCUUCGUCACUGCUUCGGACCCCUCGACUCUGGUGUUGGCUGGUAUCUCCACUCCGGCCGUCCGUUCCACCGAAUACGAUGUCUGGGUCACGGCUUCGCAGGCCUGGGCACCUCACGGUAUCGAAAUCGCUUUCAAUUUUGACAACGACCGAAACAUCGUCGCGGAGACAAGAGAGCUUCUCUCGAAGACUGGCACUCUAGUCGAUGCGACCGGUCGCUUCCCAGUGGGUCUCAAGAACAGCCAGCGAUAUAUCGCCGUCGACUCGACUAGCGUCAUCAACGCGUCGAGGCUAAUCCCCGAAGGACUGUCUUCCCUAUCGAAGGAGGCUCUGGAGGCGUUGUCCCCGAAGGUCGCGGUCUUCACACUCCCUCAGCUUGGAGAUGCUACACACGCCACCGCUGCGGAAGAUACGGCAGUGCUCCUUGAUGUGAAGUCCGAGACCGACUCCCUGUCCGUCACGAGAGCCGGAGUGCUGAAGGGCACCAACGCCUUCGAUCCCCGUGCGACGUACAUCGUCGUAGGGGGUAGCCUCAAACCUGGCAAGCUUGUUUACCAGAAGAAGAUCCUGCAGUCGCUGCGCUCUGUCCCCGGAGUCACGAUUGACAUUGUGGCGAACGACAUCAUGGACCUGGAGCAGGCGAAGGCCUUGUUCAGCGGGGAGCGACGCGUGGCGGGCGUGUUCUUCUUGCCUGUUGUCUUGGAGGACACCUUAUUCGCAAACAUGACCUCUGAGAAGUACUGGAAGCCAGUGACCGACGUGAAGGUCAAGGGUCUCACAAACCUGGUGCAAGCCAAGAACCCUGCCGAGCUCGACUUCCUGGUGAUCGCCUCUACUGCCGCCAUUCUGCUUGGCUCCGAGGGUCAAGCUAACUACACCUCCGCCAACGUCCAAAUGGAGCAGCUCGCAGCCAAGCUGCCCAACACCGUGACUAUCAGCGUUCCUGCCUUGACGGACGGUGGUGUCUACGUCAACAGUAUCGCCAAGAACCAGUCUCGCAACGCCGCCCUCGACAAGUUCCGUGACCUCGGGUACAGCACGCUCCGCGUUGCCGAGCACUGUGUCGACGCCAUCUGGACGCUCAAUACGCCCGCUUAUAACCCGCUUUACAUCCCGCCCCUCGUCUGGCGCGGUGUCAUGGAUGUCGUUCCGCCAGACAAUAGGCCGUUCGUGCGCCACCUGCUGGUGAAGGAGUCGAGCGAGAACCGGGCGGCAGACGGCGCGAAGGAGAGCUCGAUUCGAGGGACGUGCGCGUCGGUGCUCUCGAUGGAGGUCGACGAGCUCGAGGACAUCGUGCCGCUCGCGAGCUACGGGCUCGACUCGCUCACCUCUGUGCGCCUCAGCGGGCUCCUGCAGCAGAAAUUCGGGAUCGCGGUGACGCAGAUGCAGCUGCUGAGCAGCCACAUGACCGUGAAGAAGCUCGAGGAGAUGCAGGAAGAGCAGAACGCUGUCGCUUCGCCUGCGGCUGCCGUCAACGGGCAGGUGAACGGCGACGGCGGCGCUGCGCUGGGUGACGAUGUCAGCCAGACGGUCGUCAAGCUGAACGGUGUGGCAGACGGUACUCCCUUGUUCGUCCUGCACGGCGCGGGUGGCGGUAUCUCUGUCAUGCGGAAGUUUGCGCAGAAGGUGAAGUGUCCAGUCUAUGGCGUGCAGGAUACGCCCGAGGCGCCGAUCAAUGGCACGAUAUACACGCUCGCGCAAUUCUAUACGGCUAAGAUUCGGGAGAAGCAGCCGCAUGGGCCUUACCAUCUCGCUGGGUUCUCGUUCGGCACUUACGUGGUACUCUACGUCGCCAUGGAGCUCCGCGACGCGGGAGAGGUGGUCGCACCGCUCAUCAUGAUCGACUCUGCGCCGACACUCUUCAUCCGCGAGGAGUUCCGUGCAUGGUCGAGCAAGAACCUGCUCGACAACAAGCUGAAGGAGGAGAUCAUGGGUGUCGUCACUGACAUGUCUACGAGCGGGAGCUUGGACGACACUGAGGAGGUCAUCGGGCAGUUUGAGGAGCACUUCAAGAAGAAGGAGCGGGGCGAGGCAGGCGCGAAGUGGGUCGCGCGGUUCUGUCGGGCGUAUGCGGCGCACUUCAUCAUGAGCAUCCGCGCAUCCAAGGACCUGGCCGAGGAGAUGAAGAAGCCGUGGCCGAGCGAGCGGACGGUGCUGAUCCGCGCGCAGGGCGGCGUCGCGACGAAGCCACAGUUCAAGGGAGCGAGCCGCGCUCUGGGGCUGGACAAGUGGGCGGCGCACGUCGACGUGCACGAGCUGCCCGGGACGCACUUCGGUAUUCUGAACCCGGAUAACGGGAUUGCAGACGUGUUGAACGGGGUUUGCGGCGUCUGAGUAGAGGGUAUAUUUGUUGCAUCUUGGCUAUAAGGGGUCGUGUAUCAAACGGUUUAUGAGAGUGACGUCUUGAUGUGUAUUACAUGAUCUUGGAUGUAUGUAUCUAUACGAAGCUCGUAAAGAGCAGUUCAUGCAAGAAUGAUGUUUCUUCAGUCCUGC